AUGGGAACUUGGAUCGGCCUCCUUGAAGACAACAACAUGGAGGAGCCCAUUCAACGGGUAAAAGCAUACCCUUUAUUUCAGAGCAAAAGUUCGAAAUUAUGUAAGGGCAAAGCAACAAACGGUCAAGAUUUUUUAUCGACAUUGCGAAGAUCUGCUAAGCUACUUCAAAAUGUAGCCAUGGGAAAAGGAGGUGAAUUAGACGAUGGUGGUGGUGAAUCAAGUUUGGACGACGCCAGCGACGAUGGAGAUGAAAUUCGUAAUUUUGAAGUAAAGGAUGUAACAUCUGGCUCUUUUGGCAAAGGAAAAGUAUUACAUGGUUAUAAAAGAUGCAAAGAUCUUUCUCUAAUGUGCAUAAGUAAAGGCAAGCUAGAUGCUGAACAGAUGCUUUAUGCCCAAGGAAUAUUCCAGCGGGCACUCUUGUAUCCAUGGUGGGAACUUGAUGUGAGAUUAAAGGAUCAGAAGAAAGGACCGAAAGCAAAAUACCUCCAAGGACCUCCAAAGGCUCAGCUAAGAAAUGACCCUGGUGUUGAUGACACUAUUGUCUUUCUGUUUUUGUAUGAAUGUGGUGUUGAUGCUCAUCACUUGGGCCUACUUAAAGACCUUGCAAGGAACCAUAAUACAAAUGUAUCUUUUGCUAAUCUGGAGAAUAUUUUAGAUAUGAUGAACAAUAACGAACUACAAGGUGUACACAAUAGCAUUGAUGUAGCCCUUGAAAAUUCAGAGCAAGGAAAACUUCUUCACUGCAAAAAAUUCUUGAAGCAUUGCUCAGCUCUAUUCCCAAAGGAUACUGCAAGCAUUAUUGCAAAUCUACCCCUGGAAUGUAUGCUGCAAUUAGAUGCCAUGUUCAUGAUUCUCUGGGAGCUUGGGUAUUUGGUAAAAACUAAACAGAAGUUUGGCUUGCAUGGAGUUGAAGUGAAAUUAAAAGGAUUUAUAGACAGCGGCCUUUUGCACAGGAUGCCAAAAUUGAUGCAAGAUGCUCUGUAUGUUUACAAUGGCAUGAAAAAAGUUACAGCCAAUGAAGGGCAUACAUAUGUAACUAUGCGUCAGAUCACUUGCAAGAGCUUGUAUUCAGCUAAAAAGGCUGUUUUGAAAAGAAAUAUGGAUGAUAAUGAUAUUAUUGAGGCAAUUUCAUAUCUUAUCAAGGAGAAUAUUCUUGAAAGAGAUAUCUUGAUGAGUGGAGAAGAGGUACUUGUCUUUCCACACAUCAAAGGAUAUGAAGUUUACAUUGCAAAGUCUCUCCAACAGUUGAUGUCUGGCUCACCCUGCCUACCCAUAUCAGCAUUAAAUGGUCUUGAUUUUGGAGGAGAUGCUGACCAGAUGAAAGCAGCACAAAUGAUGACAGAAAAGCCAGUGGUUGUACUUUCAGGUCCUGGUGGCUGUGGCAAGACUUACGUUGUUAGCAAACUGUUGUCACAAGUUGUUGUGAAAUGUCCUUUACACUCAGUGGAAAAAAGCUCAUCAGCUAAGAAAAGAGGAGAAGAGGCAAAUAAUGAUCGAAUAUCAUCAGCUUGUGCACUAGCAAGUUUGUUGGACGAUAGCACAGUUAAAAAAGAAAUAUGUUGUGCAGACGCAGAUAAUUCCCACUCCGAGCAAGCACAGGGUAAACCAGAGUUAACGCAAGGUGGUAUCAAGUUAGAAAAGCAGGGGCUUCCUGAAGAAACAACUGAAAAAACGCUUACCCAUGAUGACGUAAGAUCAAAAGAUCAGCUUCUCGAUGACGAGUGUUUAAUAACGGCACCAACAGGAAGAGCUGCUGUAAUUAUAGGAAAAAGAGCGGGAGUUAUGGCAUACACCAUGCAUCAAGUAAUUUACAGUUACGUCAACCAUUGCAGAAUGAGUGAGGAAUCAGCAGAGGGCAAGCAAAACUGGCGAUUUCAUGAAACUCGGUUGCUUAUUUGUGACGAAUGCAGUCUAAUCUCAGUGAGACUUUUCUCCAUGCUUGUUGGCAUUUUACGGGUCCAUGCUAAACUUUCGCAAAUUGUUCUGUUGGGUGACAUCAAUCAGUUGCCAUCCAUCGAGCCUGGUAACCUCUUAGCUGAUGUGUUCAGUACUCUAAGACGACACGGUGCAGCGAUCAGGCUUCAAACCAAUCACAGAGCAGAGUCGGAACUAAUCGUUGCAAAUGCAAAACGAAUAUCAAGGCAAAUUAUGCCCGUGUUUGAAGAAAGCAAGGGUUUUGUCCCUCUUUGCAUUGAUCAUGAAAGAGAUAUAGGAAUCAAAGUUAACGACCUUCUUCACACACAAGAGUCCUUACUUAAGGACAUUGGCUCUAAAAAUGGAGACGAAAAGUCCCAGUUUAUUGCAUUCAGGAGAAAAGAUUGCGACUUGAUAAAUGAACUUUGCUGUAAACAUUACAAUAAACAUUCUAUAAGGGAUAGCAAGAAUCGAAGAGAUUUUCAAAUAAAUGAUAAGAUUUGUGCCACAAAAAACCGAGAAGUGCGAGAUAUGGAGCAUAACCAAAUGGUCAAAAUUACAAAUGGAGAAAUCUUUUUCUUGCGUGAUGACCGCAUUGUUGAGGACAGAGGUGAAAAGCAUCGGCACUGGGUUAUUGAUGACCUUGAGCGACAGUUGAAGAUUGACUUUAAAGACAUCAGGAAACUUAAGAUGAAGCAUGCUUAUGCAAGGACAAUCCAUACAUACCAGGGUUCUGAAUCGGAUGUUAUCAUUUACGUGGUUGGCAAGCCGUGGUACCAAACCUGCCAGCAUGUGUAUACAGCAAUAACACGCGGAAAGAGACAGGCGGUUGUCCUCUUCGAUGAAUCCAGCUUAGGCCGGGCUGUUAUGACUCCUCCGAAAGUAAGAAACACACGACUCGCAUUUCAUUUGACUGAAAAACUACAAGAUUUUGGCUUGGGAAAACCGGACACUGAGGACUACGGGCUCCUUGAAGACGAUGACUUUUUUCUAGAAAACAAUACAAUUGAGCCAGAGUCAUUCUUUUCGAAUGAUGCUGACGAUGAUUUUUUUAUGAACAUCGAUGACGAAAUUUUGUCCUCCAGCCAACCAAACUGCAAUAAACUAGAAAGCGAAGAUAUAGGCUUUAGCGCUGCCUCAAAGACGCCGUUAUCCUCUAGAAGAAAAAAGGAUUCAAAGAAGCCAAAGACGAAACCAAUGAAGAUGUGCAGGAACGAUGGUGUUUAUUCAAAUGAAAAAGAUUUAGAAGAAGACUCGAGUGACCAGUUCUACACAGCCCCAGAAAGCCCAAAUCCGAAAGGGCCCUCGGGCACGAAAGGAAAAUCAUUACGCAACAGAAGCAUGGUUAAUUGCAAACGCAAUAGCAAGGUGGGGCGUCCUGAUUCAAGUGAUUCGGAUGUUCUUUUUUCUGAUAGUGAUGAAUGCAACUUUUCAAGCAACCAUUCGUCUGAACUGUCUCAAAAUGCUCCGAAACGAAAUCAACGUAGGAAGAGGCAGAGAGAUCAAGUCAAAGUGCGAGGUCCAAGAAGCAGUACAAGAAGGAAAUCUCGGGCUAAGGGAAGUAUAAAGUCGGAAAUUUUUUCAGAUAUUGAUUCAGAUAGUGAUAUAAUGACUGAUAUAGAGGACUCAGAUGGAGAUUUUAUGCCGGAAAAGGGAAGAAAUAUUGAGAGAAAUGAAAAUACGAUGACAACACGCUCAAAAGCAAGAAAGUAAAGAUAUUUCGAUAUUGCAAUGGAGCAGUCAUAAAAAGGCCUAAAGAUUCAAGUAGGAAGAAUUUAAACUCAGAGUCGAAAAUUGUGCCUGGAAGAAUAGGCCGCCGUAUCAUGUUAGCUUUUUUCGAAAGUUUCAAAGCAAAAAUGCCUUACAAAAACGUGCAUCGUUUUUUUCUAAAGCAGUCUUUGUUUAAGUAUGCAAAGUAAACUUACGAAGCCUUAUUUUCGAUACGCCUUUUUGUAUCUUCAGUGGGAAGUAUCUUUUAAUGAUUUCAAAUAUAUGAUUAUAAGUCCAAUGAUUUGAUGCGUUUUUAGAGAAUCGUUUCCUCAGAUUGUUUCAGCACAUCCUAAGCUCAAUGAAGUUACAACGAUAUUCUACGAACCAUACUUCUAAUAAAAUUGCUGUACUGAACUGCAAAAAGCAAAAGGAUGUGUCUACGAUGCUGCUUUACAUAACGUAGCUAAAAUGGGUAAAGUUUGCCUCAAAUUAGCUGUAAAAUAAAAGCGCCCAGCAGUUUUAUGAUAAGAGAGAAGUUAUAAAACAUCAUAAAACGUAGCUGCUUCAUCCUGUUGCUUUUAUUGGUAAAUACGAGAACUGAAUAACACAAGUGCAUGGAAAAUGACAUUAAACCUUGAAUCGCAACCGUUUAAAAACCGCCGUCUUAGCUAUUACCUGUGCACCAGAUAGCAAGUUGAGUUGAAAAUGAUAUCUCCAUUUAUGUAAGACUCUCACGAAGUUAAAGGAAAUCUGAUUUAUAGCUUGAUACAAGGAGUUUGCGGUUCCUUCAGAACAUACUUUCUACUGGAGAAUCGCCUUGACAAUCAACACUGAAGAGCUACCAGACUAUAUGGCGCUUUUCAAGAAAGCAUAAAUAUCCGCAUACCUCAUAA